ACAAUUUUAAAACUGGGAGCACGAUACCAUCCACAAAUUUUAAAAAUUAUUUUGCUGUUUUGAAGCGCAGUAGUUUCCUUAAACGUAUUGUUCUCCUCCAAUUUUUCUUUUUUGGCCUUUUCAAUCUAUCCCAUUUCCAGAAAACCGAAGCUUCACCACAUGUCUUCGGAGCUCCGGCCAGCAAUUCCGCCUCCGGAAAUCCCGGGGACCCUUUUGUUCCUUUUCUUUGUUUAAAGCGGUCUUCUUCCUGUUUUGUUGGAGCUAUAGAUGUUAAAUGCUUGAACUGCGAUUUGGGGAAUUUUAUUGAUGGCAUUUUCACAUAAGCAAAUUGCAGAGAGCAUACAUGGGGUUUUCAACAUUCUUGGGGUUGAAAAAUGUGAAAGCUACUUACUUUUUUAUGGUGAAACUGCCCUGGGGAAUGGUUUUCGGGCCUUCUUGUAUUUUCUUGGUCUUGCUUACUGUUUCAUUGGGUUGUCAGCGAUAACUGCUCGUUUCUUCCGCUCUAUGGAAAAUGUUGUGAAGCAUACACGGAGAGUGGUAAAGAUAGAUCCUUCCACUAAUGCUGAAAUUGUUAAAUAUGAAAAGGUGUGGAAUUACACAAUUGCAGACAUUACACUCCUGGCCUUUGGUACUAGCUUUCCUCAAAUAUCAUUAGCCACUAUUGAUGCCAUACGAAACAUUGGCAGCCUGGUUGCCGGAGGUUUGGGUCCUGGCACGCUUGUUGGUUCUGCUGCAUUCGAUCUAUUCCCCAUCCAUGCUGUUUGUGUUGUAGUUCCAAAAGCUGGAGAGUUGAAAAAGAUAUCUGAUAUAGGAGUUUGGCUAGUGGAGCUCUUUUGGUCAUUUUGGGCUUAUAUUUGGUUGUACAUAAUAUUGGAGGUAUGGACUCCAAAUGUGAUAACACUUUGGGAGGCCUUAUUGACAGUACUUCAAUUUGGAUUACUGCUGACUCAUGCUUAUGCUCAAGACAAGCGUUGGCCCUACUUGUCUCUUCCUCUGACAAGAACUGAGAGGCCAGAGGACUGGGUGCCAGCAGAAGCCACUUCUUGCAAAUAUGAGAGCAAGGUCUGUAAUGAGUACUCUGAGUUACAUCAAGUUGGUGAAGAUGAAAUCAAGGAUAUUGUUGAUAUUUUCUCCAUCCAUUCAAGAAGUGGGAAAGGUCCAGUGUAUGAAGAAGUUCCUAGCAUUGAUGAUGUUGCUGAAUCCUCCAACAGAUAUAAGCAAAACAAGAUCAAUUUAGAAAACUCUCAUGUGCUCGAACUUUGGAAACAGCAAUUUGCUGAUGCACUGAUGUUGGAGAGCACAGAAUCAAGAAAACUGAACAAUGUCUAUCUGCGACUAGCAAGAAUUUCCUGGCAGUUACUUCUUGUACCGUGGAGACUCUUGUUUGCUUUUGUGCCUCCUUACCAUAUUGCUCAUGGUUGGAUUGCCUUCAUCUGUUCUCUACUUUUCAUCAGUGGGAUAGCUUAUGCUGUAACUCAGCUGACAGAUCUUAUUAGCUGUGUCACAGGAAUAAAUUCAUAUGUUAUAGCAUUUACAGCAUUAGCAGCUGGAACUUCAUGGCCAGAUUUAGUGGCAAGUAAGAUUGCUGCUGAACGUCAGACAACAGCAGACUCUGCCAUUGCAAACAUCACUUGCAGGAAGUGUAGAAUUUGUCAGCCGCUCAAAUUUCUUUUUCCCUUCUUUCUGCAGCAAUUCAGUGAAUAUAUAUGUUGGCAUCGGCAUUCCAUGGCUGAUUGAUACAGCAUACAAUUUCGUCGUAUAUAGAGAACCAUUGCGGAUCCAGAAUGCAGAGGGGCUAAGCUUCUCUUUGCUUGUUUUCUUCGCUACUUCUGUAGGGUGUAUUGCUGUUCUGGUGUAUAGGCGUGUAACAUUGGGUGCAGAGCUUGGAGGGCCAAGGCUUUGGGCCUGGGUUACCUGUGUGUACUUCAUGUUGCUUUGGAUUAUUUUUGUUGUUCUUUCUUCCCUCAAAGUUUCAGGCAUCAUAUGAAAAGUUAUAAUCAAUGUUUUCUAUUUAAAUUUUACAGCAUAUUAUUAUUAUUAUUUUUUCUCUCCCCUAUCUCAAUA